AAGAAAGUUAUCUCAAAGCCAUCAAUCAAGAUCCCACAAGGAGACAAAACAAUAGAUGGUUGGAGUUGGGUGCGUGUAGUCUCUAUUCAGCCAUUAAAAGCUUUGCGUGUGUAAAUUCAGUGGGGGGAGAGAGAGAGAGAGAGAGUGAAAGGAAUAAAGAGGAUAAGAGAGAGAGAAUUGUCCAUGCUGUUAUACCAGAUUGGAUUUUUUGAUGCCUUCCUCCCUCAUUUUAGUAUUAGGAGCAUCUUUUAGAUCUCUGAGCCCUGUGUUUUAGUCAGGCUUCUUACUCUCCCUCCCCCUCUCUUUUUCCUUUCCAUGCACAGACCCUCUGCCUCUCCUUUCAUGUAUUGCUGUUGCAUGAUUCUAUCCACCCUCCUUUAUUUCUCUCCUCUUCCUGGGUUCCACCUCUUUAUUACUCCGAGCCUUUUGUAUUUCGCCCUACCUGUACCACCUACUACAACCCCUCUAAACCCUUAUAAUGUUUUAGAUUCCUCGCCCAUUCAUUUAGCCCCUCCAUCAUUCCUAAGCUGACAACAAAUCAGCCCUCAACGCAAGGGCACAGAAGUCCAUCCAAAUCCCCAAGGCCAUAAGAAAGGAGACAAGAAAAGCAUAAAACCCUUUCCCCUUCCCCCCCACUCCCCUGCCACAUUACUCUAUACACAUACAGAGAGAGAGAGACAGAGAGAGAGACAGAGAGAGAGAGAAGGGGUUUGCUGUAUAGUGAAUCUACAUAGGAAAGCUGCCACUUGCUGCUGCUCCUGCUACCACUACUAUCACUCCAUACUCUGUUUAUUGGCAGAUGAUGUCCUGUCAAGGAAGCUGCAUCUCGAGAUGUUGUAUUAAAGUGAGGGAAUGCAAACCCACCAAUUCCAAUCACUCCACCCUUCCCUCACUCUCUUGUCCUCCUCUUCUCACUCUAAAUCAAUACUCUUCUCCGUUUCUCUCUUGGCCUCCUUAUCCUCUCCUCACCAUCACAGCCAUCUAGAGAUGCUCAGCUCAUUGAAGUCCCAUGAAGAAGGUGAUCAAGAGGACCCCGACCCCCAUAACCAUCACCACCAGCAGCGCUCCAAUCCGCACCAACCCAACCCCCCACAUGGCCUCAUCUCGCUCUCGGCCCAUGCCCGCCAGCUCCUAAUCAGCUGCGCCGAGCGCAUCCACUGCGGCGACCUCCCCACUGCCCGCCGCACGGCCUCCCUGCUCUCCGCAGCUGCCUCGCCCUACGGCGAUUCCGCCGAUCGCCUCACCCACCAAUUUGCUCGCGCCCUCUCCCUCCGGCUCGACAGCCCUUCCCGCCUCGCCUCUCCCUCACCCUCCGCCGCCUCCUCCUCCUCCGAGGCCCUACAGUCCUCCUACCUGUCGCUCAACCAGGUCACCCCAUUCCUCCGCUUCGCUCACCUCACCGCCAACCAGGCCAUCCUCGAGGCUCUUGACGGCUGCCGCCGCAUCCACAUCCUCGACUUCGACACCUCUCACGGGGUGCAGUGGCCCCCUCUCCUUCAGGCCAUCGCCGAGCGCUCCAAUGCCGACGGUCCCCCGUCCAUCCGCAUCACCGGCACCGGGACCGACCUCAGCGUCCUUCGCCGAACCGGCGACCGCCUUCAGACCUUCGCUCACUCAUUAGGCCUCCAAUUCCAAUUUCAUCCCCUCCUCCUCCCCAUCAGUAGCACUAACAGCAGUAGCCCCAGCAGCAGUACCAGCACCAGCAUUCUAUCUACUACUACUACUACUACUACUAAUCUCACCUCUUCUUCCUUCCAACUCCAUCCUGGCGAGACCCUUGCAGUGAAUUGUGUGCUGUUCCUGCAUAAGCUCCUCCAGGACCAGGACAGCCGCAGCGAGGAUGACGGCUCGCGAGAACUGAGGGCCUUCCUUCAAGCUGUGAAGGCCCUGAACCCAGCAGCGGUGACCGUGGCCGAGAGGGAGGCGAGCCAUAAUUCACCGAUUUUCUUGCAGAGGUUCAUGGAGGCGCUGGACUACUACACGGUGGUGUUCGAGUCCUUGGAAGCGACGCUGCCUCCCCGGAGCCAGGAGCGGCUGGCGGUGGAGCAGGUGUGGCUCGGGCGGGAGAUCGAGGACAUCAUCGCCCGUGAAGGGGAGGGGAGGAGGGAGCGGCAUGAGCGGAUCGCGCGCUGGGAGGGCCUGAUGAGGGGUGCUGGAUUUUCGAACCUUCCCCUCAGCCCCUUCGCCCUCUCGCAGGCGAAGCUGCUGCUCCGACUGCACUACCCGUCCGAAGGCUAUCAGCUUCAGAUGGCGGGGGACUCCAUCUUCCUUGGUUGGCAGAACAAGGCACUAUUCUCAGUCUCAUCUUGGCGCUAGUGCAACAACCAUAGAGAGGAUUAAAAAAAAAAAAAGAAAGAAAUUAAGAAAAGAAAGAAAGACAGUGGAACAACCCUAGUGAAUUGAUUAAUAAUUAAGCUCUUUCCUUUUCCUUUGGAUGGGCUUGUUUCCUGACUUAUGGUGUGUUUUCAAGGACGUUAGCAAAGGCCCGAAUAGAGAAGGGGACAUAGGUAAGUAUGGGGGCAUCCUUUAUUAUGUGAUCUUAGCGAGCUGUAAACUCUAACCCUAGUUUGUUCUAUAGUCUGCUGGAAGGAGAGAGGAGAGGAGAAGAGAGGGGAGGUGGUGCACGUUGCAUGGGAAAUUUUGGAAGUGGUGAACAAAAAAGAAAGGCCAUAUCUUCUCUCACCAUGGCUCUUCUCUUUUCUUGCUACCUUCUUGCUUCCCAAAGCUAAGUCCCUUCCUUGACUGUUCCCAUCUGCUCCCUUUCCUUUUUUUAAAAAAAUUAUGUUAAUAUAAACUACCUAGGGCUGUUGCUUACUGUUUGUUUCCUGCUCACAAAUUGUUUCUUCUUUCUGCUACUCUGCAUAUGUAUUGCUUCUUAUAUUCUUGAAAUGGAUGUGCUUUCGGAUGUUUAAUUGUUAUAUUUUAUGAAAAGUCUUAUAGUAA